AGUAUUCUUUCAGUGAAUUCCAGAGCGGGUGGAGCGUUUAGUUACCGUCGGUAUCCUAUCUGUUCCUAGUGGAUAACGUGUUCGUGUUUCGUUAAGUAUUUGGUGUAUAAAUAGAAUCCUGGAGUGCUUCUGAAUAGUGUAAAAUAUAAUAUUUCGUGUCCUCUUGAUAAGAUUCCCUCGAUUGCUAAGUAAAUGUGGCAUUUGAAGAACUCCAUUAUGGCCGCCCGGCAUGAUUGUACGGUUUGCUUCUCGUGUGCGAUCAUCCUUUUUACUACAACCAUGGUUCGGCGCAUAAGCUCGCGAUUGCCAUUUCGUCCUUCGUGUUUAACUAAAUUAGGAGCAUGCGCUCAUCACUUAGCCAGUGAGCAAGUUAACUAUUUUUUCGGGAGGAUUCUGUGCUAAAUUGAAUCUGUAUCUCAAAGUAUUCGUUCAGUGAAUUCUAGAGCGUGGAACCGAGUUGAUUUUGCUGUAUCUUAAAUUCCGUUUAGUUACCCGUCGGUAUCCUAUCUGUUCCUAGUGGACAACGUGCACGAGUCUCGUUCAGUGUUUGGUGUAUUAACAUAGAAUCCCGGAGUGUUUUUAGAUUGCGUAAAAUUGCGCAUGCCCUUUUGAUAAGAUUCUCCCGUUCCCUAAAAACUAUGGUAUGCUCCUCUGGAAUGAUUAUAUGGUUUCCCUCCCGUUUUCAAUAGUUUGUUUACUACAAUCCUAGUUCGGCACAUAAGCUUCCAAUUACGGCCUCGUCCUACGUCUCCCAUGAGAUUAGGACCUUCUUCCAAAUUUGAGUGUUAUAAGAUGAAGCACUGCCUUAACUGACGCGAGUGUUACUUCGGCAAUAUGGUUUUCUAAGUGCGAGAAAUAUUGAUCGUGAUAAACCUGCGUACUUUCUAUUCUGGACUUAGUGAGUGUGAUGAGGACUCAGUAUGUUAUUAAACACCCUGGUUACGAAGGAGCAACGCUCAAAAAAGUGGGAAUCAGCCCUCUACAAAAGCGUAACUGGGGAUGCAGUGAGCUCAGCACUAACAUCACAUAAAGGUACUACCAAAAGAGGCCAAGUGCAAUUAGCUGCUUCUUUUUGAGGGAUAAGUAGUGAAAGUGUAACAAGAAAGUGGCAAACAAGUGAGGCAUUAACAUUGUAGCCAACAUGCAUCGGACGGUUUUGCUCCCAAAGUAAGGGUGUAAAAGAACUAUUCGCGUUGCCAACCGGGAAGUGGUGAAAGUGAUAGUGAUUAACUCAAAAUAGUGAAAGUGAAUUAUAAAUAAUGACGAUUGCCUGCUUGGACGAGAUGAGCAGCAACCGAAACAGCAGCUUAUGGGAUGCAGCCGAUUUUCGCAUGCGUUUUACUUGAAAUAUGAUUAGAAUAUAUCUUCAUUAAAGAUAACUUGCAGCGGAGACAAUGAACAGCAUGAGUACAUGGAAUUUUUACUACAAAUGGCGAUGUUGUGAUAUCAAUUCGGACAUUCCUCAUAAUCUUAUAUCAACUACUGUAGAUAAUCAUUGAGAUGUAAUGUAACCACACGACUUUCAAUAAGGCAAUGAAAUCGCGCAAGUAUCACAAAGGCUUCGUGCUUUGUGGUCUAUGCUGGUUAACAAUAGUAAAUUUCUUAGCUCCUGUAUGUCUAGCUAAAAACUUCGAAGAUCGCUUGCAACGCGUUAGGAAAAUUUUAAAAGAAGUGCCUUUAAUAGACGGACACAACGACUUACCAUGGAAUAUCAGAAAAUUUCUGAAGAAUCAACUGAAGGACUUUCGAUUUGGUGCGGAUCUAAGAGAGAUUGCACCUUGGUCCACGAGCGCUUGGAGUCACACGGAUCUCAAACGACUCAAGGAGGGAAUGGUGUCAGCACAGUUUUGGUCUGCAUAUGCACCGUGUUCAUCGCAGCAUCUCGACGCCGUACAACUUACUUUAGAACAAAUAGAUUUAAUUCGACGUCUUGUAAGCAUAUAUUCACGGAAUAUGACCCUUGUGACAACAGCGUCGGGUAUCGAGGCAAGCCACCGAGCCGGAAAAUUGGCAAGUUUAAUAGGUGUCGAAGGUGGGCAUUCGAUCGGAACAAGUUUAAGUGUCUUAAGGAUGUUCUAUCAGCUAGGAGCACGAUAUCUAACGUUAACGCACACCUGCAACACACCCUGGGCGGAUUGCUGCAAAGUAGAUGAGCCUGGCAAAGUCCCCCAUAUUGGGGGGCUAUCGAAUUUCGGAACGCUUGUUGUAGCGGAGAUGAAUCGCCUUGGGAUGAUUGUGGAUUUAUCACAUGUAUCCGUGCCAACAAUGUUGGAUGCGCUGGCAACGUCAAAAGCGCCCGUCAUCUUCUCCCAUUCCUCGGCCCAUGCAAUCUGCAAUAGUUCUAGGAACGUACCGGAUCAUGUCCUGAAACGAAUCGCUGUCAAUCGAGGACUUGUGAUGGUCGCGUUUUUUCCACACUUUAUCAAAUGUUCGGAGAGAGCAAGUCUGAGCGACGUAGUAGCGCACAUAAAUCACAUAAGGGAUGUGGCGGGGAUUGAUCACGUAGGCAUUGGAGCAGGAUAUGAUGGAGUUAAUUUAGUGCCAGAGGGAUUAGAGGACGUCUCCAAAUAUCCGUACCUAUUUGCUGAGCUCAUGAAGUCGGACCGAUGGUCGGAUGAAGAUAUUGCGAAGCUGGCGGGCAAAAACCUUAUAAGGGUAUUCGAGGAAGUCGAAGCGGUGCGAGAUCAAAUGGAGACCCAAGGCGUUCCACCAGUGGAUCAAUCAAUUCCACCCGAAGACAUCCUAGGCAGAUCGUAUUGUCGUUACUCUGGACCAAGAACAUGAUACUAACCCUAAAUCGUGAACUUAAACUAACCACCGUUUGCGAUAAUCGUGCAGAUGUAUCUGAUGUAAUAUAUUUAGCUAAAAAUCACUAGGAAAGAAUCGAUAACUACUUAUUUAUGAAAUAAGAGAUUGAAACCAAGAAACGAAACCCCAAAAAGUGACGGUCGUGAUCACAAAAGGGGUAUGAAUUGAACUCUGUACAAAAUAACAAGAUUUAAUGAAAUAUAACUUAAUCGAGAUACACAACUGCAUCUUCUAUUGUAAAUACUGUUCAUAAAACAAGAGAAACCCUAACAAAACUAACUAGGACGAAAAUGAUAUCAAACUUUGUAAAUUACAAUAAUUUUAUUUUUUACGUUCAUUCUCGACCCACUUUCGUUCGAAACAGUAAAGCGAAAAAGGAAAAGUGUAAAUUUAGAUAAUGUAAAUCAAGAAAAUAUUGAAUCUAAUUGACAAGCGAAGAAAACGAAUCAUCUUUAGCU